AUGAUUUCCCUCUUUUAAUAUUUCUUUGUACUACAAUUUUCUGAUUAUCCAAUAAUCUAAAUAAAGAAUUAAAUUCCUAAAUAUUCGCAAUAUCAUCUAGAAAGGAACAAAUCCGAAUUGAUCAUUGUAUAAAGCCAAUAAAUAAAGUCAGAUGAUUUAAUUUAUGGAGUCUAUACAGAAGAAUAAAUGCAAUUAAUAUUAAAGAAGGAGAAUUGGUAGUAAUCAAAUAAAAAAAUGAUGAAUGUAGUUACAUAAAAUCUUGCUAUUGCAGUUUGA